CUCCGUUCUCAACCCAGGACCAACGACAACCUCCCACUUUACCCGGUUCUGAUUAAAUCUUAAAGAGCCGCUUUUUCCAAACGCAGGCCCGAAGAUCAAUAUGCACGACGAACACCCCCACCCCCUCCUCGCCCAAAUUCCUCUAACAAUAUCCCCUUUCCUCUCCCUCCCAACCGCCACCCCGCUCCCCUACACCUACAAACAGCUCCCCUCAACCCUCCCACCUUCAAUCCUCUCAAACCCCAACCCCAACCCCAAUUCCAACCCUCCCAAUGCCUCCGAACCAAACAACAACAACAACAAUCCCACCUCCCAACCCACGCCGUCUCCCGCCUACGUAUCCUCUGCCUCGGGCGACACAACUGCGACACCGGACGCGAUUCUACAAUCCUGUCUAGCACUGCAAUCGCAUCUCCGCACUCUCGAAUCGUCUGCGCGAAACACAUUGCUGGAAUGGGAGGACGCGCGGAAGGCAGCGGAUUUAGCGGAGAAGAGGCGCGUUGCGCCAGGUUGGUUGGAUGCGGAGGUUAAGCUGUUGGUUCCUGAGAAUGUGGCUGCGGGAGAGGCCCAGAUACAGGGACAGAUAGGCGAGGGGAGUAUAGGGGUAGGAGCGGGAGGGAGACCGCCGCAGGCGGAACGGAGGACGAGUGUAGGCAUCAAAGGGUUGAUUGAGAGGAGAGAUGGGGUUCCGGAUCCGAGGGCGGGGGAGGAGUUGGAUCGUGUAUUUGGUGGGUUGGGUAUCAAGUAAAGAGCUUCUUGCCUUCCUUUCUUUCAACUCGUCUUUUGAGGGGGGCUAAUCGCCAUGUACUUCGCUCCAAAAGAGGUACCUGCAUUUCACCUAUGGCUGUCUGAAGUCGGGAAAUAUACCAGAUGGAUGUGAAUGUGGUAUUAUCUUCGUACUCUUUCGGAGGAAGUAAUAUCGAUUUUAUCUCCAUCGAUCUGAGCCGUCGGUGGAUGCACUAUAUCAAAUCCAUAACUUU